AUGAAAAUUGACAUCCAUAGUCAUAUUCUACCCAAAGAAUGGCCAGAUCUAGAAAAGAGAUUUGGCUACGGAGGCUGGGUGCAGCUCCAACACCACAGCACGGGAGAAGCAAAGAUGCUGAAAGAUGGAAAAGUCUUCAGAGUGGUCCAAGAGAACUGCUGGGAUCCAGAAGUCCGUAUUAGAGAAAUGGACCAAACAGGAGUGACCUUGCAAGCCCUUUCCACGGUUCCCGUCAUGUUUAGCUACUGGGCCAAACCUCAGGACACUUUAGACCUGUGCCAGCUUCUAAACAAUGACCUAGCUGCCACUGUUGUGAGCCACCCCAGGAGGUUUGUGGGUCUGGGGACAUUGCCCAUGCAGGCCCCGGAGCUGGCCAUCAAGGAGAUGGAGCGCUGUGUGAAGGAGCUGGGCUUUCCAGGGGUCCAGAUCGGCUCCCACGUCAACCAGUGGGACCUGAAUGCGCAGGAACUCUUCCCUGUCUACGCAGCAGCUGAAAAGCUAAACUGUUCCCUAUUCGUGCACCCCUGGGACAUGCAGAUGGAUGGACGGAUGGCCAAAUACUGGUUCCCUUGGCUCGUAGGAAUGCCAGCAGAGACCACUACGGCCAUUUGCUCCAUGAUCAUGGGUGGAGUGUUCGAGAAGUUUCCUAAACUGAAAGUAUGUUUUGCACAUGGAGGUGGUUCCUUCCCCUUCACGGUGGGAAGAAUUUCCCAUGGAUUCAGCAUGCGCCCAGAUCUGUGUGCCCAGGACAAUCCAACCAACCCAAAGAAAUACCUUGGUUCCUUUUACACAGACUCCUUGGUUCAUGAUCCUCUGGCCCUCAAGCUAUUAACAGAUGUCAUAGGAAAGGAUAAAGUCAUUUUGGGAACCGAUUACCCGUUUCCACUAGGUGAGCUGGAACCUGGGAAAUUGAUAGAGUCCAUAGAAGAAUUUGAUGCAGAAACAAAGGAUAAACUCAAAGCUGGCAAUGCUCUAGCAUUUUUGGGUCUUGAGAGAAAACAAUUUGAAUGA